AUAAAUAAUACAAAAUAUUGCAAAGUUAUUAGUUUAGGUGUAUAAAUAUUUCGUAAUAACUCGGUUCCAUGUUAUAUUAUUGAGUUUAACUUUCUUCUCUUGCGUUGGUCGGCUUUUCACGACCAAACGCAUCCUACUACUUGGACUUGGACGUACAUUUGUGCCAGUGAUAAAAUAACUAAGGGGAAACGAUCUAGUAUUGCGAGUUUUGUGUACAAUAAUAAAGCCUCCGGUUACCAAGCAAAGCAAAGCUUACAAAACUACGUAGUUAUGAGUAGCAGAAACGAUGGUGCUAAUAAUGAAACUAGAGAACUGGAUAGCUCAGAUGAAGAAACUCCAAUAAAUCCGGAGGUCCGUAUCCUGUCCCGGAUCUUUGGUGUCCACCGAGCAAGUGUGGCAUCUAUGCCAGGGACUAGUGGUGCAAGUCACCUUGUGAGCCCGUUGCCGACUACGCGCCGCACGCCACGAGAGCGCGACCGUCUCUUCUGGACACUUCUUGGCAACUCUAGCAGGCUGCCGCCCAAUGCCAGGUGUCGAAGCGGGCCUCCGCCGCGCGGGCCCCGACCCACAACCUUCGCCGACUUGUUGGAGCCCGACCGCCGUUCACGCAUCGCGCUCACACGCCACGCUUCUCCCGCAGGUAGCGGCUACCAACCCAACGCGAGCCAGCUGUCAAGUCUGCACUGUUCUUUGCGCAGCAUUCUGCGCAAGCGGCCCUACACGACCACCGGCAAUGUAACGGGUCCCAGCUCAAGACCAGUGUUGGUCCUGCGCGCAGCCCCGGAGUCAAGCCGCGGCGAAGAUGAGUCCGAUGGCAGAGGCCGCAUCGACCGUGACCGGAGCGACCGCGACCGGGACCGCAUCGACCGUGACCGUGACCGGAGCGACCGAGACCGGGACCGCGGUGACCGUGACCGCAGCACUAGGGAACAUGAGGAGCGUCAUCACGACCCAGAGCCUAUUGACCUUGAUGAUAUUGAAGAUGUUUCAGAGCCGGUACCGGGGCCGGCGCCGGCCUUCUCACCGCGCGCCGACGCUGACGCCGCAUAUUUUGCUGACGAGACGAUGCGAGCAGAGGAGCCCCUGAACAUGUCCGCGGGUGCUCUGCUGGAAGAAGAGAUCCUCGAGGUGGAGCCCGGCCCUGAGCCCGCUCCGCGCCCCGCCGGCGACAAUGAAACGGAGCCUGCAGACACGCCAGCAGAGUCAAGCCAGCAGAGAGGGACCAAAAGAAAAAGAGAAGGAGAAACGCACGAUUCGGCAUUGGCUCUCAAUCAUAGCAUCCUUCGUCUGCUGGAGUGCCCGGUGUGCAUGGAAUGGAUGGAGGCGCCCAUCACGCAGUGCCGCCGCGGGCACCUGGUGUGCGGCGCGUGCCGCAAGCGGCUCGACGCGUGCCCCGUGUGCCGCACGCCCUUCUCGUCCGUGCGCAACCGCGCUAUGGAGGACGUGGCAGGCGUGCUGCGCUACCCGUGCCGGCACGGCUGCGGGCGCUGCCUGCGCGGGCCGCGGCGGCAGCGGCACGAGGCGAGCUGCGCGGCGCGGCGCCACGCCUGCCCGCUGCCCGCCUGCCGCGCCGCGCCGCCCAUGCCAAGAGCCAAGCUGCAACACCACGCACAGACACAGCACCCGGAAUCGUUCAAGACCGGUACGCAGCACGUGAUCGCCCUGGGCGUGCGGUGCGAGCAGCACGUGCAGCUCGUGGUGGCGGCGCUCGGCGCGCUGUUCCACGUGCGCGUCGACAUGGACGUGCGCGCGUGGGGCGUGUGCGCGCUCGUGCAGCAUCUGGGGCCACAGGACCAGGCGAAUAACUACACCUACGAGGUGACAGUGAACGGGCGGCACAGCGGGCGGCGCCUAGUCUACCGGCGCGCCACGCACAGCGAUCUUGAGAACCCCGUGCUCAACACCAGCAGGCAGGACUGCUUCCACCUGACCCUCGACCAGGCGCUCAACUACCUGCGCUUCAAGAACGAGCACUCGGAGACGGACAAGACUCUGGACCUCGUCAUCACGCUGGCCGAGGCUGAGCCUGAACAGGAACCGGCCGACGAAGACACGUGAACACGUACAUAUGGACUAUUAGCACAGUCUAU